UUUGAAAUAGUUUUCAUUUAACCAAAUAAUUUCUGUCUGGUAGGAAAUGGGACAUGCGUUUCACAAAAUAUUACAAAACCAUGCAUGCGCGCCCCUGAGUGUGACCGCGCAUGCAUGUUGAUUACACACCAGUGGAUCGGCCGCGUGCCCGAUGAAGCCGCUACCUGUCUCCAUAGCGACGAGACCCCGGAAAUACACACCGUGAUCAGCUUACUGCUUGUUUAUCGGACAGAAACAAAUUUAUAUCUGUGGUGUUUUCUUUCUGUCUUUUCGUUUUCUUUUGUUUCCUUGAGUGAGCGUGUAAAUAUGUCGGAGCUUGAGGUUGAAGCGCAAGGGGAGUCGAGAGACAGCAGCAAGAAGAAGAAAAAGAAAAAGAAAGAGAAGCGAAGGGUAAGUGAGGAGGAGGAGGAGGAGGAAGAGGAGCGGAAACAAGAGGAGCAGGUGGAGAAAGAAAAGGAGAAGAGUGAGAGUGUGUUGAUGCGAGGGAUCUUCAAAGUGGGGAAAAAGAGCCACGAUGUCCUGCUCACACGCACCAGGCUGACAUGGACCCCCAUCAUACCAGAGAGUCCCACAGGGGAAGGGAGCGUGCCGCAGGCAGGUGAGGUGCUGCUGCAGGACGUUUUUGCCGUGAAGGUGAAGAGGAGGCGAAUGGCGGGCCAGCAGUCGGGCGGAGCCGUGCUCGGCCUCGCUCUCUUCCACAGCAGGAGGAGAGGACAGAGGCUGGAGGAGGACACGCUGCACCUCCACAACGCCUCCGCAGAACACACACACUCCUGGUAUAACACUCUGAAAGAACUGCUCACAGGGUUCAGCACCCGGCCCAGGUAUGUGAAGGUGUUUAUCAACCCGAGCAGCCACAAGAAGGAGGCCGUUCACAUCUACAGAGACCAUGUGGCUCCUCUUUUUAAGAUGGCCGACGUCCGCACUGACAUCACAGCUACUCCUCAACUCUCUCUUUCCCUUCUCUCAGCAGAUGGCACGAUAUCCGUUGUCCCACUUUUUCUUUUGGCAGCUAUCAAGCACACACAACCAUUAACUGAUAGGAAGGGUCAUGCUCUCUCAGUGAUGAAGGAAUGCAAACUGGAUGAAUACGAUGGCGUGGUGUGUGUCGGUGGGGACGGAUCGGUGGCGGAGCUGUGCCACGCUUUGGUUCUCCGAGCUCAGCUAGAUGCAGAUUCUCCAGAAAACCCAGUGAGAGCAGCUCUGCCACUGGGGAUCAUUCCUGCCGGUUCUACAGAUGUGGUUUCCUGUUCAGUCCAUGGAGUCAGAGAUCCAGUCACAGCAGCUCUCCACGUUGUUCUAGGUACGGCCCCUUUGUUCCUAACUCAGACCAGGUCAGACUUUAUAGGUGGAUUGUUUUUUUUUUCUCCAGCUCCUGCACACAGUUUGAUGUGUGUUUUAAUAGAAAAGAUCCCAUAAAAAUGUAUCCGAAAGGGUGAAUGUUGUUUACAAAUCACCAACAAACAUCAGUGCAAUAUAUUUCCCAAUGAAUAUUGACGUGACUUCAUUUAUCUUUAUUGUCAGAAAGCAUGCUUGCUUUCUCUCCAUUCUCCAUCACCAGUUUGAACAUCUGUGUUAAAUACACUCUGUCUACUUUACGUCUAUAUCCUCAGGUCGUUCGGAUUGAUUUCCGCCCGCAGUAAAUCUGUUGUUAAAUUCAAUUUGUUCAAACGUCAAGGUGAAAACCAAUCAGGAGCUCUUAUUGUUUCUGAGCUUCGAUGCGAUUGGCUGUCGUUCCAUUUGAGUGGCGAAGGGACCAGAGUUUAAAAAAAACAACAAACAUGCAGACAGAUGGUGGUACUGGACUCUGGAGGGAGGAAAACGACAGAUGUCCGACUGUCGGAUCGGUUUCACUAAAUCACAGGUUUUCCCUGCUGCUUGUGGUCCCCCCCUCCCCCACUGACCUCUCCUCACCUCUCUCCAUUUCCUCUCAGGUAAACCUGUCGGCCAAUCGGUUUGAAGCAAGGCGUGUUGUUGUUUUUGUUUGACAGCUUCUGGUGAGAUGGUUCAUCAUGCAUAAUUAAUACUGGUAGCUGGUGUGUGUGUGUGUGUGUGUGUGUGUUCGCGUGUGUGUGUGUGUCUGUGUGUGUGUGUGUGACAGAGAAAAAGAGAGAGAGAAACUGGGAGUAUUAAGUGACACUAAUAGGAGUAAAAUCUGAACAACAGAGAGCAGUCAAAGUAAAGCAAGAUGAUUUUCCCAUAAAGAUGAACUGAAUCAGGCUUUUAUUUCCAUAAAUCUGAUCUGAAUUUACUCAUAAUUU